AUGCAGCAAUCAACGGUGCCACGACACUCGAGCUGCCUUCAGCAUCUGCCAGUAGAGCUCCAAAUCGCCAUAUUGUCCCAUUUGACCUCACCAUCUGACCAGCCGACUCUGCAAGCCGUGCUUCUCACAUGCAAAUCGCUCAACCGCGCCGCUCUGCCACUUUCAGUGCGCUCUUUCCGGAACACGGAUCACAGACAUGGAGGAGGCUUCUGCUCAGAGCGCCGCAAUGCCCAAUUUCUCUGCUAUAUUCUCUCGAGGAGGCCUGAACUGGCUAUCUUUGUUGAAAGUCUGAUCUUUGGCCAAUUCUCUUCAGAUCCCAACGUGGGGUACGACACUGAGGCUGUAGAUGAGGAUGAAGAGCUCGAAGGCGAUCGACUAUUCGAUGAAUAUAACCCAGAGGAGCUCGCGAUAUAUAGAAAGCAUAUUACUGACGCCCUCGGUCCAAAUUCUAUGCCAAAAUUUGCUCAAGGAUGGAUCAAGGACCUUGAACUCGGGUGCAGCGAUGCACAAGUUGCACUUAUCCUUAUAUCCUGUCCCAAUCUUCGCAGCCUCUACUUCGAGACUCCACACUACCAUCGCCAUUUCUUCCGGGCUCUCGAGUUAUUGAAUAGGGCAAAUCCCCUCAUCAGUAAUGGCUUGAAGCCACCCCUCUCGCGUUUGCGACAUGUUUACUGCGAAACCCAAAGUUGUGGUAUACCCGGCGGCCAUCCUGGUGACAGGAACCCCGGCCCUUUCUUUCAACUGGAUACCCUCCGUUCAUUUGAAGGAUUCGAUGUCGGUACUGGCAAUGCAGCUGAAAGAUUCUUUAGCAAAUUACCGGCCAGAUCUUCCAAUGUAGAGGAAAUCACCCUCCGUGGAUCUUAUCUCUCUCCUCAAGUGCUUCAAAGCAUGCUGAGAGUAUGCAAAGCAGUCAAAAGUCUUGAAAUUACACGAGGGUUCUACCGUGUUCCCGCCGAAGAGCUAUUGCCCCGCCAUGUUCUGGCGUCUAUUCUCCCUCAUGCAGAUUCUCUCGAGUACCUCCACCUCAAUGUGGCGGAAGAGUUUCAACUAGAUGUCCCUACCCAAGGCGAACAUCUCUGUCUAGGCCUUGAGCUCCGAAAUAUGACGCGCCUGAAAAGUCUUGUGACAGGAAUGCGUUCUCUCACUGGGUUUUUCAAUGGAUACACUGUAAUAGGUGAUACCAACACCCCUGCGCGCAUUCCACGGGUAAGAGGGGCUCCAAACCUCGCGGACUGUCUCCCUGAUAAUUUAGAGUCUCUGGAGAUCCACCGAUGCGGUGAGGACCUUUUGGAUCAAGUUCAGACCCUUAUCAUGAAAGUCCAAGAAGGAAGAUCCUUCAGGCGACUGAAGCACCUUAGGCUGCUCUUUGACCGCGAGGAUGUGAAUCCCGUUAAAGUCCGGCUUAACUUUGACCCUGCCGUAAUACAUAUAGAUAUAGUAUUCCAGUCGCUUCAGAAUCGUUUAUUCGAUCUUAUUCCAACAUAUCGAACAGGAGGCAGGCGGGUAGACGCUAUCUCUUCUCCAAUGUAUGCCGACGACUUUCGGAAACAGUGGCUUGCCAUUCGGGGCCAAGACAUUGGGUGCGCAUCAACACACUUCGAGCUAUACGAAGCUCCAGGAAUAACUUGA